AUGUGGGUGACUUUGGCCAUUGUUAUUGUUUUGAUUUGCUUGAUAUGGAGUCUAACUGGGCGACCAAAGGGACUUCCGCCUGGUCCUACAUGUUAUCCAGUCAUCGGGAAUGUCGGAAUUUUCAAACCAUCAGAAGCUGUCAAAGCUCACAGAAGACUGAGAAAGAUUUAUGGAGACAUCUAUACCAUAAUGAUCUUCCAUAAGCCCAUCAUAUUUGUACACGGAUUCGACAACAUACGAGCCUUACUGGUACAGCAUGGGGAUGUCUUCUCUGAGCGACCAAGGUCACUUGCCACUGAUCUUGCAGAAAGAAAUGGUGUGGUGUGGUCAUCGGGUUCGUUAUGGAAAGAAAUGAGAACUUUUUCACUGAUGACAUUGCGCAAGUUUGGAUUCGGAAGACGUUGCUUGGAAAGCCAAAUCAUGGAAGAAGUAGACUGUCUGAUGGAGAAAUUAGAAAAAUACGGAAAUGAGACUUUUGAUAUUCAUAGUGUACUAAAUGUAUCCGUGGCAAAUGUUAUUUGUUCGCUUUUAUUUGGUAAAAGGUUUGAUUAUGAAGAUGCAAGAUUCAAGCGUUUAAUUGAUCUGUUGUCAAGAUCCUUAAGCAGCGUCACUACAUCAUCACCGGUCUUUAUCUUUCCCUCUUUACGCCAUAUUAGAAUAUUUAACAUCCACUCAAUUGAAGAAGAUUCUAAUGCUAUGGGAGCCUUUCUUAAUGAAAUGAUAGAGGAGCACAGAAGACAUUUUGACGAGGAACACAUCAAAGAUUUCAUCGAUGCCUACCUUCUGGAACAAAAGCAAAGAUCAAAUGAAAUCGACACUACAUUCACAGAUAAAAAUCUGAACCAAAUUUUAAGAGACUUCUUUAUCGCGGGAACUGAAACUACUUCCACAACAUUGAGAUGGGCAUUUCUGUUUUUACUUCAUAAUCCACAUUGGCAGAAAAUACUUCAGAAAGAAAUUGAUGAUGUCAUAGGCCAGGGACAACCCAAGAUGGAACACAGGGAUCUUUUGCCAUUGGUAGAUGCAUUCACUCUGGAAACUGAGCGACUAGGAAACAUCACUCCACUAAAUGCUCCACAUGCAGCCAAGGAAGACUUCACGUUCAAUGGGUAUCUCUUUCCCAAAGGUACCACAGUACUUUGUCUCUUUGAUUCCGUAUUGAUGGAUUCAGAAAUUUUUCCUGAACCUUCAAAGUUUAAGCCAGAGCGGUUUUUAGACGACCACGGGAGAUGUGGCGAAGAGCUGAAAGACAAGCUGGUCUCCUUUUCGUUAGGGCCCAGGGUGUGUCUAGGAGAGGCACUCGCCAAAAUGGAACUAUUCCUUUUUUUCACCAGAUUUCUACAGAAAUUUGAGAUAAAACCAGAGGAUCCCGAGUGUUUGCCUUCUCUGGAGGGAAACUACGGGAUUACUAACACGCCACAAGCUUUUAAUAUUAGACUUUUAAAACGUUAAGCUGCAGUAAUCUGUGAAUUUUAGCAUACAUUUAUGUCAUACAGUCCAAAAUAGUUGUUAAA